CUUUUGUGCAAGACAAUAAAAGCCCACAAAGCAACAUAAUAUUACAGCAAUAAUGUUCAAAUACCUCGCUCUCGCCUUUGUGACGCUUUUAGCCGCGGCUGCUGCCAAACCCAGCAUUAUCACACCUUUCUCCACCUACUCGACAUCGCUGUUGGCUUCACCGUUCGCCCCAGUCUACACUUCACCUUAUGCCGCCUACGCUACGUCUCCUUAUUAUUCCCCGCACGCAGCGUACUCGCCUUACUACUCCGCCUACUCCUCUUAUCCGGCAUAUGGUUCAUUGUUGUAUGGGAAAUGAACUGCGAACAUGAUUAAUUCAACUAUAAAAAAAUGUGUUUAUUCAGUGUUAUUUUGCUUUGUUUUACAUUCAUGCAUUGAACGAAUAAAUUUCUCUCAGAAAUAGUAAA